AUGCCCAUCAAGUACGGCCCCGUCGGAAGCGCUCUUGUGCUAGCCGCGUACCAAGACACAGUUGAUGCACUCAAGUUCGCAAUCAACGCAGGUGCACUGAUAGAUGCCUCUCUCGAGUAUGGCUUGAUCGGCAGCGCUCUCAUCUGUGCGGCAGGUUCAGGCCAUGUGGCUAACGCGCAAUAUCUCCUCGACCAUGGUGCUGACAUCAAUUACCAAGCCACCAUAAUCCCAAGUGCCCUAAUGUCCGCGUUGUUGUCUAGUGAUGGAGAGAUGGUCUCCUUCCUGAUUAAGAGAGGCGCAGACGUAAACCGGCCACAAAAUUAUGGAUGGGAUACGAUACUUGAGGAGAGGACGAGGUAG